UUUUACUUCGUUUUCAUGUGUCACAGUUAUUGCUGUCCCCCCGAUGCCUGUACAACACAUGGCAAACAUAUGACAGCAGAGCCAUGGAAUCGUGCUUAAAAGUUAAAGUUGGUGCGGUACUAUUGCCAGGAGAUGUGUUUACUUUCAUCAAAACUGAUACAAUAUCCUUGACCGAAUCUCUGAAAGACGAGAAGAUAAUCUGUGGUCCCGGACUGCGGCGGAAUGGAGACGAUGUUGUCGUCUGUAAAAGUGGAGUUCUGCGGCAUAAAAAUCCUAACCUGUACUGGGUGGAUUCUCAACAGAGACGGUACGUUCCUGUCAAAGGAGAGAGUGUGAUUGGCAUCGUAACGACCAAAUCAGGGGAUGUCUUUAAGGUGGACGUGGGGGGGAGCGAGCAGGCCUCCCUCUCCUACCUGGCCUUCGAGGGUGCGACCAAGAGGAACCGGCCCAAUGUGCAGGUGGGGGACCUGGUCUAUGCUCAGUUCCUCAUAGCCAACAAGGACAUGGAGCCAGAGCUGGUGUGCAUCGACAGCUCGGGAAGGGCCAACGGCCUGGGUGUGUUCGGGGCCGGGGGCCUCCUCUUCAAGGGGUCUCUUGGACUAGUGCGCAGACUGCUGACCCCCCAGAAUGAGAUUCUGAAGGACCUGGAGAAGCUGUACCCGUGCGAGCUGGUGCUGGGGAUGAACGGCCGGCUCUGGGUCAGGGCGGCCACCGUUCAGAAGACGCUGAUCGUGGCCAACCUCCUGGAGAGCAGCGAGAACAUGAGUGCUCAGCAGAGGCGCACCCUGUUCAAGAGGGUGGCCGACGGAAACCUCUAGUGGAGCCCUGCUCAACGGCUCUGUUGGUUUGGUCUUCAGUUAGGGAAGGAGAGAGAGAGACAGACCGAUUGGGACAGCGAGGAAAGAGGGAUGGAAAGACAGGCAGGUUAUAGGGAGGGAGAUCAACCACAAGAGGUAAAUGGACGGAGAGCGAGGGAACUGGAGAACUAUGAAGGGGACGCUGAAGAAAAGAAGGAGCAAUACACAGAAAGGGGGGUGUGAGGAGAGAAAAACCAAGGCAGGUGCAGAGUGCAUGACAUGGUGACCUGUCCUAGCCAGGCAGUUGUGUUUUUUUUUUUAAAGAUUAGAACAAUGAUUUGUGACAUAAUUCUGCUGUACAUAUUGCUUUAUUUUCUACUUUUGAAUAAAUUACACUAUUAAUUC